GGGAUUUGAUCAACAGAUCAUUAUCUUGACACGCUCAGGACCAUCGCAGGUAUGGCGGAAGAGCGUCAUCUGGGUGUGGCAAUUGUGAUCGGCGUGACCGGCAUCAAUGGGAACAGCAUCUGCCGCAAGCUCCUGGAGCAGGGAUCCUGGCAAGUCUACGGCACGGGGCGCCGCGAUCGCCCCGACUGGCUGCCGACCGAAGUGAGCUACGUGCAGCUGGAUCUGCUGGAUCAGGUGGAUGUGCAGACCAAGCUGUCACCGCUCAAGAACCGCAUCACGACUCUCUUCUGGGCGGCCUGGAUCCCCAUGAAAACGGAGGAGGAGAACUGCGAUGCGAAUGGGACGAUCUUCCGCAACACCCUCGACGCUCUGCUUCCAGGCGUGCUCCGCCAUAUCUGCCUGACCACGGGGGCGAAGCACUACCUGGGGCCAUUCGAUCGGUGGAGGGAUGUGAUGCCCGCGGAGGCUCCGUUCCGGGAAGACUAUCCCAGGCUUCCGGUCCCCAACUUCUACUACGUCCAGGAGGAUCUCCUGUUCGACAGGGUGAAGCAGCACCCGCAUCUCACAUAUUCGAUCCACCGGCCCAGCGCCAUCUUCGGAUUCGCGCCCAGGAGCUAUAUGAAUUGCAUCCUGGCGCUGGUCGUUUACGCCGCGAUCUGCAAGCGCGACAAGCUGCCAUUCCGAUUCUUCGGGAGCAGGGCGACAUGGGAGGGCCUGACGUGUGCAUCCGAUGCGGAUCUGAUUGCCGAGCAGGAGAUCUGGGCUGCCACGCAUCCGGCUGCCAAGAACCAGGCGCUCAAUAUCACCAACGGGGAUGUGUUCAAAUGGAAGCACGUCUGGGCUGUGAUCGCGGACGAGAUGGGGGUGGAUCCUGUCCCGUUCGACGGCGAGAGCUUCAACCUGGAGAGUCUGAUGAAGGGGAGAGAUGGGGCCUGGGAUGCGCUUGUGCGCGAGCAUAAGCUGCUGCCCACAAAGUUUCAAGAUGUUGGGCAGUUUUGGUUCCUGGAUACAAUGUUCGAGCGUGCAGUGGAGAACUUGAGCAACAUGAACAAGAGCAAGGAGCUCGGGUUUCUGGGAUUUCGAAACAGCGAGAAGUCUGUGCGGCACUGGAUCCAGGUGCUCAAGGCGGAAAAGAUCGUGCCUUAGUUCUGUGGUCGCAGGAGUUGCGUUCUGUCCCCAUAUAACUUUGUGAAAGACCAUCUACGUGGUGUUUCUCUCAGGAACCCUAAACCCUUUGAUUCCAGAUGCAUGAUCUUUUUAUUUCUCUUUUUGUUCUUAGGCUACCGACAAUCAAUGCUGGUAAAGUUUUUGGGCAAUAAGGAAAUAAUGAAGUAUUGAGUCUUCGUUAUUUCUUUUGCAGGUGUUUAUGCUUUCAAAAGUGUCCGAGGAAAGAUUCAGAAAGACGCGUUUCAUUUUCCGAAGGAUCGUUUCUCAACCUUGGAAGCGACCUCGAGCGCCUCCACAGCGAAACCUGCUUUCUAAAGAGCUAGGAGAGGAAGUCAUAGUGAAAAAAUGAUUUCUUAGGCGCCUUUGUUCUCAAAGAAGAACCUGGUGCUCGCUAGAUGGCCUGGGAGAGGAAUUGUUCUCAGAAGCACCCGUUGCUGAGGUUCGUUCAUGACACUCGAACCAAAAAUGGUACGUAUUAUCUGUUGAAGAAUAACGGGUUGCAAGUUGUCUGUUAAACUUCAAUUAGAAAGCAAUUGUCAGUUAUUUUAUAAAAUGAUUAAAAAAACUGAUCAGAUGCAA